CUAGGAUAACAAAAGUAACAAGCCAAUUUUUUUAACAACUUAGGCUAUAUCGUUAUUUAAAGGCCUCAUUAAGAACACUUAUCGACUGAUAACGACCAGAUUAAAGUACCUUCUUAACAAGUUAUAAAAGCCUCUCCUCUCGGUUCACUGUAUUCCACAACCUCGUGGUACCAAAGCAGAACAAUGUCGCACAACAUAAUAACUGUCGAGACUUAUCCAGAAAGACUAGGCAGCGGUCGCUUCAAGCGCGUCUGCAUUAUCCUCAUCGCGUUUUAUCUGCCGCAAAUUGGUGGCGGCUUGGGCGCGCUCGUCACCAAAGACUCCAUCGACGGAUGGUACCAGACCCUCAACAAACCCAGCUGGACUCCUCCGACGUGGCUGUUCAUGCCUAUGUGGAUCUUCUUGUAUUCCUUGCUAGGAAUCGCCUCGUAUAUGACGUACGUCUUUGGCAAUGGCCUCGGAGGUGCUGCCAAGUGGCCCAUCAUCAUUUACGUCUGCAACUUGGUACUCAACUGGUUAUGGAGCCCCGUAUUUUUCGGAACUGAAAACAUAUUAGCCGGGUUGGUGCUGAUCGCGACUAUCCUUCUAAGCGCGGUGUUAACCGCGGUCCUCUUCGCAAGGGUGUAUUGGGUCUUGGGGUUACUGCUGCUGCCCUACGUUGUAUGGUUGACUGUCGCCACGGCGCUGAACGCCUGGAUAUACGUCAACAACUGAUCGAGAUCAGCAUAAGCCGUUAUUUUUAGAAUUAUUAUUUUCUUUAUCGAGUUUAAAAUUCCGACGGAUUAUACACGAAUCGAAUUUGAUAUCGAAUUUUCCGGAUCGUGCGUAGUGAAUAUCGCAAUAAAACGUAAGUGCUUAU